AUGGCCAGAGAUCCGUUUCUGCUGUCAUCGACGGCCCCUUUGUCCAUCGUGCCCGCUCAAAUCCAUAUAGGCCAUGUGCAGCUACGAGAUCUCCUAAUCUGCCCUCGCGAGACGGGGGUCGUCAACUACGUUCAACGCCAGUCGAUUGUCGAGCAAAACCUGCAUGACACUGACUCGCCGACCCGAACACUUGCAGAGCUGCCCUUCACACCCAACACCCUCACCUCCCUCCGGAUAGGCGAACACGACACGCUCUUAGCUGCAGGUGGUCAGGACGCAGAGAUCCACCUUUCCUACCACGCGCCGACCUCAUCCCGCCAGCGCCGCACAAAUUGCGUAUGGCAAUACGAACGUCAAUUGAGCGGAUCCAUAAACAACUCUGUCGUACUCACGUCCCUCAACCUCACUCGCUCACACGAAAGCAGUGUCGAGCCCCGUGUGGCCAUCAGCAACAACGAUUGCACCGUCAAAUUCUACGAUAUCCCUAUUCGAGCACAGAGCCAGAAACGCACAAUCAAAGAAGCGGGUUCGUUGCGAUUGGAUGUACCGAUCAACCAUUCUUCAAUAUCGCCCGAUGGGCGUACACUUCUCUCUGUCGGGGACUCUUCCAAUGUCUAUUUUCACCACAUCUCAGGGGGCGCUCGCCUCACGUUUUCUCCUAUAAAGACCCUCACCAUCCCCGCUCCUGAUACGUCACCCUAUCUAUCCUCAUCGCUCGCAGCAUCCUUCUCCACCGCCUUUUCGUCAGAUGGCAUGAAGUUUGCCGUGGCAUCGCAAGAAGGGGUUGUGGCUGUGUGGGACGUGCGGAGCUGCAAACCUCUCAAGGUGUUUCAAACUGACAAAACGCGGGUACCUUCAGGGAAUGGAGGUGCAUCCGGAUGGCUCUCAGACGAUCCAUGGGAAUGGACGCGAGGGAGCUCAAAGGCCCCAGGAUGGAGCGUCCGCAAUGUUAAAUUUAACACCGGCAAUUUUGGCAAGGAGAUCAUGGCGUUUACGGAGCACACGUCUUUGAUCCACCUUGUAGACGCGCGGACGUUUGAGACGGACGAAGUCAUUCGUGUGCCUACGGUGCCCAGGCGCUCACAACCCCCACCUGCGUCGAGACCGCAGCAACUACGGCCUGUGCACCCACCCCCACAACAACAACAGCAACAACAACGACAUUUCUUUACAAGCAGUACCAGCUCCUCACGCAUCGGAUCUCCACCCAGCUUCCUUGUUUCUGGACCGUCCAGUCCCCGGAGACCGCCUACGAUCGCUCAUCGUGAUCUAUCCAUCGUCCAAGCGCUCGGAGACGCGUUUCGGAUCCCAACGUCGGCGUAUUCGGCCCCGUCAUCGAUAUCCGAUUCGACCUGGCGGACACUCAGCGGGCUUGCGCACCGGUCAAGCGCCAGUGGAGCAAGAGGUGCAGGACAGAGCGAGCAACAAGACCUGCUUUUGAUCCCGCCUUUGGGUGAUAGGGACGUGGAGAGCGAGGUGCACGCGUUGUUGGAGGGACAUGCGGGGCUGCAGAGGGCUACGAGGCACCCGGGGGUGGUUAAUGAUGAUGAGGAUCUGGAGGAUGAUUUCGCGGAGGAUGAGGAUGAUGAUCGGGAUACGAAUUCGGGGAGUACGCAUGCGGAUUAUGAGUACCGUAUUGGUGGUGGGGGGAGUGCUGGGGCUAGGAGGAGGAAUAGAACGAAUAGGACGAGGAGUGGUGGGGAUUUGCAGCUGCCACAGACACAAGCGCAACAUUUGAUGGAGGUUGAUGAGAUUGAUGGGAAUUCUUCUGCUGGGGAAUGUAUCUCCCGUACACCCUCGCGAAGCUCUUCACCCACCCCGUCUUCUACUCGUCGAGAACGAUCUGUUCGCAGACACACUUCUUCGUCGUCGCCUAUGAGUUCUGGGGACCACCAGGCGAAGGGGAGUUCUGCGGGAGAGAUGGUGUACCCCUCUGAUGACCUUGACCUUGCUGGGGUGUGCUUUGAUCCUUAUGGGGGACGGAUAUAUGUUGCGUCUACGGAGGCGGUGGUGGAGUGGGGUAUCAGGGGGGCGGAUAAGUGUUGGUGGUUUGGAGAUGGGUGGCGGUAG